AUGGCACUCAAGAAGCUCGGUACACAAAUAUGGAUGCCGAUUCUAAUGAUCACUUGGGGCACCAUUCUGGCUGCAACAUCUGCAGUAAAAACUGGACCCCAACUCAUCACUGCUCGAUUUUUCUUGGGACUGGCUUCCGGCGGAUCGCAACCAGGAACGAUUUACUACGCGUCGCUAUGGUUUACGCGACGUGAUCUGUCGGCUCGGCUUGCCAUAUUCUAUACCGGUUCAGGAAACAUAGCUGGCGCAUAUGGUAUAGUCCAUCUAGACGGAGCAAGAGGGUUGGCAGGGUGGCAAUGGCUGUUUAUUAUUGAAGCGCUGCCAGCAAUCGUGCUCGGUGUUCUAUUUUAUGUGCUACUACCAGAAGGUCCGGAAACGGCAAAAUUCUUGAAUGCUCGUGAACGCAAGAUUGUCGUUGAUCGACUAGCAGCAGACAACAGUGGAGACGAUCAAGAAAAGGGGGUUUCCUGGGACCAGUUUCGCGAGGUGUUCCGCGAUUGGAAAACCUACGCGUUUAUCCUGCGGUGCAUUCGAAUGUUUUUGCCAAUCAUCAUACGUGGAUUUGGUUUUGACAGAGUUCUUACACAAGCAAUGACGGCUCCUCCAUAUUUGGCAUCCACAAUCGCCUCCAUAUUAUAUUGUUGCAGCUCUGAUCAUUUCAAAGAACGUGGCCUUCACAUUGUCGCAGGCGCCAUCGUGUCUCUCAUUGCGUUCGCACUGCUUAUUGCAUUGAGAUUUUCAGCUGCUGCAGGUCUGUAUGUAUGUGUAUGCAUCGGUGUCUCGGGAGUGUGCUGUGUUGUAUGUGUUCGAACGGCCUGGGUGAGUAACAAUUAUGGAGGCAAGACGAAGCGGGCAGUGGCUCUCGCCGUUAUAACUGCAACCGGAGGGAUUGGCUCUCCACUGGGCGGUCAAUUUUAUCGUGCUGAUGAUGCUCCCCACUAUCACCCAGACUACCGAUACUUUCUGUGA